AUGCUCGUGGACUCGGGCCUCAAAAGGGCUUCGCAUACGGAUGGAAUUGGUGGACAGCCUACUUCUGUGCUUCCAUCCAACAACGGCGGUCUCUUACGGAACGCACACUCGGAAGAACGGGCAAAUUUGAAACUGGGUCAAAUUAUUCACAUAUCUCCGGGCGGUCGCAUCCUGUCGUGA